UAUGCUUCACUUUUUUAUAAUAAUUAAUUGAUUACCUUUGGCAUUUGUUGUUUUGAUUUGUUCUUUUAUCGUCAAGUUGUUCAUUUUUUAGUUGUUAUACUUUUUUUUUUUUCCCUUGAAGGAACUAAUUGCAUCAGGAAUUAUAGCCGGCUAGAUGUAUAAGCUGAGCUUUAGAUCUAUGGCCUAGAUUCUAAAAAUCUGUCUUUGUUUUUAUCAGAUUCUCAUAAAAUUAUUACCACCAUGUUUAAAAUUACUACUUAUUUGGGCUAGCUAGUUUGGAUCAUAUGACAUGUUCUUAAGCUGUAUGCCAGAACAUCAUGUAUGGAUGCAGAAACAUUGAAUUAGGUUACAGUUUCUUUUCCUAGUUCAAUUGGAACUCGAGCUUUUUAAUAUUUUUGGGGGAGAAAAACUAACAUUGAAAAUUUAAUUCCUUUGAUUUUCUUCAAAGUGACACCAAUUGAAAAUUUGUUUAUGUUACAGUUCUUUUGAAGUGAACGCAUAGGUUCUCCGCUCUCAAUAUUUGUUUGUUUUUCCUUCCUGCUUUUAGCAAGCUAUGAAUUUAAAUAGUGUUUGGAUAGACUUGUCUUUCUUCUUUCAUUAUCUAAAAUUUCAUUUCUUGCCUUAUUUUUAUUUGGAUAAACCAUCCCUCAGCCAAUGGGCACUUAUAUUGGUUGUUGGUUGCUACAAAUUCUCAAACAAUAGUGCAACCUUAUUCUGGAGCUUUAAUGACUCAAAAGUCCUGUUCAGUUGGUGGGCUAGCAUCACUGGGCCAUGGAACUGCAUUAUGGACACAUUUAUCGGAUUUUGAAUUCUUCAUGGAGUUAUGUCGCAUUUUAUUUGGUUAAUUAUAUGUGUGGAUGUCCUGCACUCACUUGUUUCCCAUGUUGCCUUAGGUACACUUGAUAGAUUAUUUGGAGAGGGACCCUGGGGUAGGUGAUGGUGUAAGGCCUUAGACGUUGAUAAGAGAACUUUGAAAGCUGGAAAGCUGAAUGAGAAAGUUCUGAAUCUGUUCAUGGCGACCGGCAAAGAUGAAAUCCUUUCAGUUAUCCAGGCACUUAAUAUCCAGCAUGUCCUCACCCCUGUACUUCCUACCAGAUGUUCUGAGAAAUUCUAAGAAAUAAUUGUGCGAGCCCAGUCAAUUAUAUUUUGAGCUAAGCAGCAACUGCCUUUUAGGACGCCAAACAAAUUCUUGGAUUGAAUUAUUUGUUCUUAGAGUUCGGGAAGAUGUCUGUGGUUAACAUCAAGGACAGUGAUGUUGAUAUUAUAAUAGGGGCCCUCCGCUCAGACCUGACAUCAUUCAUGAAUGAAUGGAGAUCAAUAUUCUCUCGUUUCCACUUGAUAAUUGUCAAAGACCCUGAUCUUAAUGAGGAACUCAAGAUACCAGAAGGAUUUAAUGUAGAUGUUUAUGCUAAGUCUCAUAUGGAUCAUGUAGUGGGCUCUUCCACUUCUGUUCUCUUCUCUGGAUAUUCUUGCAGGUAUUUUGGCUUUCUCAUAUCACGUAAAAAGUACAUUGUUUCGAUUGAUGAUGACUGUGUUCCAGCCAAGGAUGAAAAAGGUUUCUUGGUAGAUGCUGUGGACCAGCAUAUUAUGAACCUGACAACUCCAGCCACCCCUUUCUUCUUUAAUACGCUCUAUGACCCUUAUCGUGAGGGAGCAGAUUUUGUUCGUGGAUACCCAUUUAGCCUUCGCAAUGGGGUUAUGUGUGCUUUGUCAUGUGGACUGUGGCUUAAUUUAGCUGACUUUGAUGCACCUACCCAAGCCCUCAAGCCAGGACAGAGGAAUUCUCGAUAUGUUGAUGCGGUGAUGACUGUUCCAGCAAGGGCCAUGAUGCCUAUCAGUGGAAUCAAUAUUGCUUUUGAUCGUGAAGUAAUAGGCCCUACUUUGUUACCAGCCUUGAGGUUAGCUGGAGAAGGAAAGUUGAGAUGGGAAACAAUGGAAGACAUAUGGAGUGGAAUGUGUGUUAAGAUUGUAUGUGAUCACCUUGGGAUGGGCGUGAAAAGUGGGCUGCCUUAUGUGUGGAGAAGAGAUAGAGGUAAUGCCAUAGAGAGCUUGAAAAAAGAGUGGGAAGGGGUGAAGCUAAUGGAGGAAGUCGUCCCAUUCUUUCAGUCAGUGAGGUUGCCACGAACAGCAGCCACAGCGGAAGAUUGUGUGGUUGAGAUCGCAAAGGCAGUGAAGCAAAAGUUGGGACCAUUGGAUCCUGUUUUUGCUCGUGCUGCUGAGGCCAUGUCGGAGUGGAUCAAGCUCUGGAAGGCCCUUGGUUCCGGUUCCUUACCACUGUAGGAGUUAGUGUUGGUUUUGUUGCUCUUUUAGGCCUUCGAAUCAUUCUAUUUGCUUGCAUUUCAUUUAAAAGUUCCUACUGGUUGCUAACUUAAACCCUAUAAAUACCAUGAGGUGUUGGGGCUAGAAUAAAACAUGUUUAUUAUUUGUAA